AUGGCCACCAAAGGUCUCAAACUUAUUCUCGCUAGCAGUCUUGCAUGGACGGGUCUUGUCCAAGCUGCGGUACAGGGGUUUGAUAUAUCAAAUUGGCAGACCUCAGUGGACUUCGAGGAGGCUUAUUCUAAUGGUGCUCGCUUUGUGAUCAUCAAGGCAACUGAAGGAUCAGAUUGGAUCGAUGCCAGCUUCUCAAGCCAUUACACCCAAGCCACCCAAGCCGGGCUGAUCCGGGGCGGAUACCACUUCGCGCGGCCCAGUUCCAGUUCAGGGGCUACACAGGCGACAUUCUUCUUGGCCCAUGGGGGCGGCUGGACGGGCGACGGGAUCACACUUCCGGGAAUGCUAGAUCUCGAGGCCGGUUCAUCUGGACAGUGCUGGGGGUUGUCAACGAAUGCCAUGGUGGCAUGGAUCAAGGACUUCAGCGAUACGUACCAUGAGAAAACCGGCCGCUACCCAAUGUUGUACACGAACCCAUCAUGGUGGAAGGAGUGCACGAGCAACUCGAAGGUGUUCUCCCAGACCAACCCGCUGGUGUUGGCUCGCUGGGCCAGCGAAGUUGGAACGAUUCCAGGUGGUUGGAGUGCCCAGACUAUCUGGCAGUACGAUGACUCCUAUCCUUAUGGCGGUGAUAGCGACCUCUUCAAUGGGGAUGAGGCGGCCCUGAAGAAGUUUGCCAGUGGCUGA